AUGAAGUCUGCUUUCAAAGUUGGACUGAGCGACUCAAACGGUGUGUUCAGUGGAGCAAGUCCAAUUUGUGCAACAAGUCUAGGUCGUGCAACAAGUCCAAAUUGUGCAACAAGUCUAGGUCGUGCAACAAGUCCAAAUUGUGCAACAAGUCUAGGUCGUGCAACAAGUCCAAAUUGUGCAACAAGUCUAGGUCGUGCAACAAGUCCAAAUUGUGCAACAAGUCUAGGUGGUGCAACAAGUCCAAAUUGUGCAACAAGUCUAGGUGGUGCAACAAGUCCAAAUUGUGCAACAAGUCUAGGUGGUGCAACAGAUCCAAAUUGUGCAGCAAGUCUGGCUUGUGCGACAAGUCCAAAUAAUGCAACAAGUCUAAGAAGUAAAACAAGCCCAAAUUGUGCCGCAAGUCUAGGUAGUACAACAAGUCCAAAAUGUAAUAUAGGUCAAGCAGCCCACUCAAAUAAUCGUCUGUGUUCGUCACAAUUUCCACGGAGCAUACUGUUAAAUAUUUUGCACUUUACAUCAACUGUUUCAGCCAUGUCAUGCAACAUUUCUCCAGCAUUUGUUUUAUCACCUGUGUGUUUAUUAUGCGCUGCUUCUGCCAGAAAUGCAACAUCAAAUACCAAAGAUAAAGGUCCAAGAACAGAUGCCGUUACAGCUGCGGCUGUUGUCCCUAACCUAACGGCUGCAAGAGCUAUACCUGCUAUACUAUGA